AAUUGUGCAAUUUGUCUUUUUCUAAUCUCCGCAUCGUCUCCGUCGUUCAUCCUAUUGAUACAUCCGAAUGUCGUUGAUCCGAUUUCUCUCUCAUAUUUUCUGCCGAUAGGCCACUCAGGUUAGGUUUCUUCAUCGAAUUGUGCAAUUUCGUCUCAGCGCCGAGAGUCCGAUGUCGUUCAUACUCUGGAUCUAUGUGAAACUCAUUGAUCGAUCUCCCUCUCUCAUAUCUAGAGUUUGUCGGUUAGAUGGCGGAACAGAAGAAGGAAGCUGGCGGCAAAGAGAAGAAGUCCUUCUCUAUGAUGAAAUUGGAAAUUAUUUCCUUGGCUCAUGGACGAAGAUGGCAGUGGAUGACACUAUGGAUUUCAACAUUGAAACAGUUCCAAAAGGGGAUAUAAAACGAAGGCAUUCAACUUUGGGAACUUGGACAUCGAUUUUAAUAUGGAUGGAGAUUUUGCCAAGUUACAAUCCUUCAAGAUGGACAUGCCAGACCUUGAUUUCUCAAGCCCCGAACAUGUUUUUAAAUCGAAGCAAAAAGUGGAUAGAGGAUCCUCUAGUGGACAGCAGAAAGGAAAAUUAGACACCUUUGACAUCUCUUUUGAUUUUGACGGAUUCAACCUCGAUGAAGACAUAAUCAAGGUAGAUGGUAACGCUCCCGCAACAAAGCACACUGAUAAAAUUGGGGCUGGCUGUGAACGUCAUGAUGGAUCUGAAAGCAGUCAGACAGAGGACUCGGCAGCAUCAGAGAAAAUUAUCAAUCAUGCGGUGAAGACUGCUGUAGCUCCUGAAGGAAUUGAAAUUCCUCGAGAUGAUAGUACAGUAGGAACUUUCGUUGAGCAUGCAGCAGAAAGCUCAUCAGAAGAAACAGUUGGUGUUAGAACUGAAGCAACAAAUCAACAGGGCUCAUCCUCAGAUGUUUAUACUCCCAUCCCAUGGAUCAAUGUAACCCAUCCCAAGAUGAAGGCAUGCCCAAUGACCAAUAUGCUAAGUAUGGUUUGCAGUCCACGGCAUCACAAUCCCUUGGUGGGAGCGAUUCUAUCCCAGUCAGAUGUACCGUCGGAGGCUGAUUACUUGGGUUCGAGAGUGACUGUAAAGUCAGAUGCAGAGCACACUCUUAAUGUUUUAAAAUCAAUCAAUGAGAACCAAAAACAACUCAGCAAAUUAACUCCUUUGAAUACUAAUGGCCAGGAGGUCAAGAAAUUAAGAUUUCAAAACAGAGAUUAUUCCCGAGAGCACUGCAGAGGGUAUUAAGAGAC